GGAUCAAAUCAAGUCUAAGAAUGAUAAUGCACUUAUCAUUGACAUAUCUCAACUUCUGAGCUCAUUUAAUGAAAUUGUCUCUUCUCUACAUGAGAGUGCAGGAAAUGAUAUUGUAGCAAUUAAACAACAUCUUAAAAGAGGAUCAUGCUCACAACUAGAAAUUGGUUUCAUUUUGGGAAGGUCAAUAACAGAUGCAGCAUUGAAUGCACUUAUAAUAAUGAGAAAUCAGACUGCUCUCACCAAGCAAUAUUGGCUUUUACUG